AUGAGGGAAACCAGCCUGGCGCAGGGCUUUGUCGACUUUAUUACAUUAAAAUACGACGACGAGACACGGCGGAGUAUCGAGGAGAAGCUGCUGCAAACGAGAACCCUUCUCGACGAGUCACUCAUCUCCGAACAUGCGGCGUCGCAGCCCGUGCUCCUCAGCCUCAUGCUCAUCCUCUUCCUCUUCGCUAUCUCCGCCAUAAUUUCGGCAAUCACACUUACAGUGUGCCGAUUCUAUGGCAAAUGUGGAGGCCGGAGGUAUCAGGCCCACCCAACCAGCGCCCAGUCCUUCACGCUCCACCUUACCAUCUUCCUCGUCGCCUGGGUCGUGCUGGCGGCGAGCAGCUUGUUUUUCGUAUAUUCCGGGGUCACCUACUGGCACCAAUUAAACAGCGGAUUAAAGCUGGAAACGAACACCUCGCAGUACGUCGACUCGCUGGAGCAUUAUGGAAAAUUUACGCGGCGUAAGCGGGAGUCCAGCGUACUCGCCGCCCUGUUCAAUGACCCGGACUAUAACGGGGAUUUCGAAGAGAUGCCAGCGCAAGACAAGCCGAUUAUAUUCCAGAAGACUACGUUGCCACCUAAGGUAGCUGACCCAGUCCCAAUCGGCCGCGAUCCGGAAGCCGAGCAAAACUCGAACCAGGAGCCCUUCAAAGUUGCAGCUACGGUACCAACGAGUGAACCGACGACACCAACCACGACAACUACGACAAAAGCGCCGGCAAGACCGAUUGUGAACUCUGUAUCGACCGAGGAGCUGAGACUACCUUAUGUCCUCCACGAUGCUAAGGAUCCGGCCAAACUCCACAUCCGGCCUAUACAAUACGAGAACCCGAAGCGCCAGAUUACCAUCCCGUUGCGGCCAAAGGCAGAGUUGGACUACAUGCAAUAUGACGCCCCAGGAGAUGCAGUAGCGAAACUCGAUGAGACGACAACGAGACGAACGACUACAGUACGCCCUACAACUGCUAAAACCAGUGCCAGGCCUUCCGCCUAUCUGAUUAGCCGUACGUCCACCGUACCGCAGCGUACGACUACGCAGCCUGAAGAGGAGUACGAGUAUGAAGAGGAGACGACCACGCAAAAUAUCUUGCCCCCAAAACGCCCGACCGUGCUCAACUACCCGGUGGAGUUCCAUCGACGAAAAUCUGCGGAGAAAACGGGCACCACCACGACUACAAUAGCUCCAGAAGAUGAGUAUGAGGGUGAAGAGGAAGAGGACGAUACGACAACCCGGAAACCCGUCAAUUCGGAGUUAUGGAGACAGCAGCGGCCGCUGGAGACGAUAGCGGAGGGUCAGCGUGCCCCCGAACUCCUUACUGCCGCUCGCGGGCGAACGACCCAUCUACCAGAAUCCGAUGUCCACCCCGGCACCGAACGUCUUCAUGGCGCCGUCCCGGACGAGGAGCACGACUACGGAGGAGCCAACAACCCAAAAGCCGAGCACGUUCUCCCACAUCCUGACGACGAGGGAUCGAACGAUCAGCAGAAUAUAUCCAUCCAGAACCAUACCAACUACGGCCUCCACAACCCUGUCGACGACUCCAAGGAGUACAACCUCAACGACAACGACGACAACGACUACAACAACGACCACCACUACUACUUCCACGACUACAACUACGACUCCGAGAACUACACGGCGAACGACAACGACCGAACGAACGACUCCGAGCACAUCAGUGACCACAACGACCUCGUCCACGCCAUCUACAACCACGACCACGACGUCGACAAGCACAACGACUACUCCGGCUUUUUCUACUACCGCUCGGCCGCCGAGGCGUUCAGCGCACGAAAUCGUUAUAUUCUGACAACGCGUGCUCCGAGGGUGCAAUACGUCACCGAAUCCCUUCCUACACGCACAACUUCAAGAACGCCGCUGCGGGUUGGGUAUUGGGAGAAUCAGGGACGAGUUCCGGCUAGGAAAAAUGAGAACGAAGAGGCGGUGGCUGAACAGCCUGCAGACGUCGAAGAAACAGAGGAAGAGGCGGAGGAAGAAGAAGAAGUUGUCACUACGCAAAAGCCCACCACAACUUCUACCUCUUCCACGACUGCAACGAGCACAACCAGUAGACGAUCACGGUGGGAGGAAGAAAAAGACCCGGCUGAAGAGAAGCCGAUCGCUCCCUUCCAAGCCUUUUCAGGGCUCGAGACGGUUAAGGGGAUCCGGAUUAGCCCAAAAUGGCAAGAAACGACUAGUUCGACCACCGCAGCUACGACGCCAUCUACUAGCCGUACAACGACAACGACAGCAACGAUUACUACCACUACCGCUGCGCCUGUAGAUGACCAAAGCGAGGAGGAGGAAGUGGAAGACGACGAAAUUACUAGCCGCCCAGUGGUCCACGGCGCCAAGACGUUCACUGGCAAUGCCCUGGAGUCGGGAGAAGCUGAGGUUGAAAAGAUCGCCAGCGAAGUCGUGCGGAAUCGUCAGAAUGAAGUUGGAGAACUGGAGAUCUCGACCGUAAGCACGACAACUGAGAAGACGACGACGAGCACGACUACGGAUUCCCCAAGCACCCCGGCCAGCCACCCCUCGGCCCAGGACACCGCUCGGCGCUUACUUUCCGCUACAGUAGAACGAACUGAACGUCCCGUCAACAUGACCCAAAUCCAGAUCACCGACGGUCAGCCGGCAAAGUUCUACGCGUUGCACAGUACGGCUUCAAACUGGCUUCACCGGGUCAGCUUCACCCCGAUCGCGUUCUUUAUCCUGGUCACCGUGCUUCCGACGAUGCUCGUGGUGCUUGCAGGCACCGUCGGCUAUGCCAACUCCUACCACCCGAUGGACCGCAGCACGGCGUCCGACCGAAUCGGAGUAGCGGCCGUAUUCCUUGGCCACGCCCUCCUCUACGUCUCGGGCCCGUUGUUCAUCUACGCGGCCGUGGUUUUGGGAUAUGCGCAUCUACACUCGGCUAUCAAUCACGUACCUGCCCAAAACGCGCUUCCAACCCUGCUCGGUCAGUUCGAGGCUCUUGCUGAUGCUUGUGAGGCUUCGAUCGCGCCGGUUGAGGGUCUCUGGUCAUCCGCUUUCUUCUUGGCCCUCUCCUCGAUCAUCGUGAGCAUCACCCUGUUCCGGCUCUCCAAAUACUUCCUCCGGAUGAAGACCGAGCACUAUAUGCAGCAUAAUGAUAUCUACGGCACUGUGCGCCGCGCCGUCGCCGAGAACAUCUACGGUGAGGCGAUCUAUGGCGGGAUUUACGGGCCGGUCGACCCAAUUUACGGACCGUCCCGGCCAAAGACAAGACCGCCACCACCCCCUCAGCAGAACAUCUACGGCAUGGUGGGGGUCGAAAACAUGUACGGCACAAUCCCCGCGCACGAGAACAUCUACGGCGUCCUCCCCCCGCAUCCGCCGCCGAAAUACGGGCCAUACCAAGACUACGGUGACAUCUACGGAGCCCGACGCCUCGGCCCCAACCACCACAAUAACAACAUCUACGGCGAGGUCCAACACGACGAGAGUGAAUAUACGUAUUUU